AUGAACAGGGCCCCUGUCGAUGGCGUUUUCUCAGAUACAGAUUCCGAGUCUGAUGUCGCCAGUCAUCUGAGUGCACAAGCUGGUGUGAAGAGACUAGAGGCGACCGCAGCUCUGUGGUCAAAGUGGUCUCUGGUCUUUGCAUACGGCGGUCUGUAUAUGAUGGCAUAUGCUAUUUCGCUCGAAGGACAAGUGACCACCAACUUGACUGUAUUCGCCACUAGCUCGUUCAAGGCACACGCACUGAUCUCAACAGUCUCGGUCAUCCAAGGAGUUGUGCUGUCAAUCGUCAAACCACCAAUGGCGAAGGUGGCAGAUGUCUGGGGACGUUUUGAAGCCUUCACAUUCAGCGUGUUUCUAUUCACCCUUGGAUAUAUUCAGCAAGCCGCAGCCAACAACGUCAAGACAUAUGCAGCGGCUCAAAUCUUCUAUUCGGCAGGCGCUACUGGACUUCAGAUUCUUCAACAAAUCUUUAUUGCAGAUACGAGUGAUCUGUUGAACAGAGCCAUAGUUUCGACGAUCCCGGAUAUUCCGUAUCUCUUGAAUGUUUGGAUCGGACCUCCAAUCGCGAGUUCGAUACUGAAGAAUUUGAGCUGGAGAUGGGGCUAUGGUAUCUGGGCCAUCAUUCUGCCUGUCGCAUACUUACCUCUGGCACUUGCUCUCUCACUGAACCAGAGAAAGGCCUCGAAGAUGGGACUAUUACCACCUUCGCCUUUUGUCGGCAAGGAUUGGGUGUAUACUCUCAAAAGUCUCUGGUUUGAGAUGGAUAUCUUUGGACUUUUGCUUCUGCUUGUUGGUGUCGCUCUCCUCCUAAUUCCGCUCACACUGGGAGCCAGUACGCCAGGCGAGUGGAGCAACGGAAGCAUCAUUGCCAUGCUAGUUUGUGGUCUUGUCUGUCUCUGUCUCUUCCCUCUCUGGGAGCGUAGCCCACGUUUGGCACCUAGAGCAUUCUUUCCUCCUCAUUUGUUCCGCAGCACAACCGUCAUUGCAGGAGUGCUGAUUGCAUUCUUUUACUUCAUGGUGUACUACCUUUCUGUGCAGCCUUACUUUUAUUCUUAUCUUCUGGUUGUUCAGGGCAAAUCAGUCUCAGCCGCCGGUCACAUUACUCAGACUUUCACCUUCACAGCGACUGUCACGUCAAUCUUGACGUCCAUCGUCAUCAAGUACACAAAACAUUACAAGUAUUUCGUCACUGCAGGCGGCUGUAUCUACCUGCUUGGUGUAGUCAUGAUGCUCCGCUAUCGCACAGAAGGCGUGUCAGACUCUUUCCUCAUCGGCUGUCAAGUCUUGGUCGGCAUCGGCGGAGGCAUGUUACAUGUACCCGCUCAGCUGGGUGUACAAGCCUCUGUCGGACAUGGCGAAGUUGGUGCAGUCACGGCUGCUUUCCUUACCAUCCUCGAGAUUGGUGGCGCCGUUGGCUCAGCCAUCUCAGGCGCAAUCUGGUCUUCGAAUGUUCCUGUCAAGCUUGCCCAAUAUCUACCAGAAGAAACACGCGACCAGGCCAAGGAGAUUUUCGGCAGUGUCAGAGUGGCAUCAACUGAAUAUGCAAUCGGCACACCUACGCGUACUGCCAUCAACCGCGCCUAUCAGGAAACCAUGACCAAGAUCCUGACUGUUGCUGUGUUGGUCUGCAUUCCGCUGAUCCCACUGUCCCUCAUGAUGAAGAACUACAAGCUGGACGAGAUGGACCAACAUGUCAAGGGCACUGUCAUUGGCAACACAAGCGAAGCCAGCGACCCUUCGGAACGGGAACCAUUCGCUGCGUCGUCGUCCGGUCAUCGCCGCUACGACAGUGACGAGGACAUUGACUAUGAUUACGAUCGCACGAUCAGGAGCGUGGCCAGCAACAAUGGUCUGAGGACGUGGAAGUCGAACGCGAGCUUGCAUCUGAAUGACGAUUGA